AACAGCUGUCACACGUUAAUACAAUGGACCUUCUGCGGGUGUCCACAUGGAGGGGGGAAAUGGUCAGGGUGCUAGUGCCACGCUUUCUCGGAGGCUCGACUCCGGGCCCGGCAUGGGGUUUCGAAGUCCCGGGGGCGAUGGAGAUUCGUGGAAUGCGACACCCCAGCGAUCUCCGCCGGCCGCUGAGACAACGUCGUGACUUCGAGAUUGCCGGCGGUUUCAAUCCGCUGAGGCGAGGAACGGGGUGAGCGCUUCUGGCGCCUUUCGGAGAAGGGGUAUAUAAGGAUUGAGGCCAGGCUGGUCAGUUCUCGGUCAACGAUCAGACCCCAAGCAGCAUCUCUCCGGCCCAUCAACAGCUCCCGUUCUCCGAAGCAACGAUGAAGUUCUCCGCUGUUCUCGUCGUCCUGGCGGCUGCCUCGGCCGAAGCUCACUACACCUUCGGCCGGCUCGUUUACGGCGGCACGACGUACCCCGAGUGGCAGUACGUGCGCAAGACGCUCAACUUCUACAGCAACGGGCCGGCGGACGGGGUGUCGUCGACGCAGAUCCGGUGCUACGAGGCGGACGCCAAGGAUAGAGGCACGGUGCAGACGCUGCCCGUGACGGCGGGCUCGACCAUCGGGUUCGCGGCCAACUCCAACGUCGGCCAUCCGGGCCCGGCGAGCAUCUGGAUGGCCAAGGUGCCGGCGGGCCAGACGGCGGCGACGUGGGAUGGCAGCGGAGCGUCGUGGUUCAAAAUUUACCAUGAGCAGCCGAAGGUCACGAGCAACGGGCUGGAGUGGUCCUCAUUGAACGCGUUGGUCCUCUCGGCCAAGAUCCCGUCGUGCCUGGCGUCGGGCGAGUACCUCGUGCGGGUGGAGCACCUGGCGCUGCACGCGGCGGGAGACACAGGCGGCGCGCAGUUCUACUUGUCGUGCGCGCAGGUCUCGCUCUCGGGCGGGGGGAACACGACGCCGUCGGGGCUCGUUUCGUUCCCGGGGGCGUACAAGGCGACGGAUCCCGGGAUCCUGUUUAAGCUGUACUGGCCCAUCCCGACCAGCUACACGAACCCGGGACCGGCCCCGUUCACGUGCUGAUGGGGAAAAAAAGGGGGGCCGGACCCACUUCGCCGUCGCAUGUGGGGAACCGGGAUGUGUGCAAGUGGUUUACUCAAGAAACUCGGACGUUGCGGCAACGGAGGGAGGAAAAGGGGGGCAGGAGGGGUGGGCGUGGUUCGGCAGAAUUUUCCGUUUUUGUUGAGCUUGAUUUGCCUGAUUCAGUGUGUCAGUACGAGUAUCAGCGUGAGUGGCGGUGAUACUCCAAACAAAUCGUCCGACGCCCGCUGA